AUGGAUUUCAUCCUUUUCCAAAUGACGCCGCUGAACAACAGCGGAUCGCUGCCUUCCAUCGCCAUAUCACGCAGUACCUCGCCAGCUCGCCAUAUCCCGCAGUACCUCGCCAGCAGCGGUUCCAACGGCGGCCACGGGCUUCAUUUCGCACCUAUCCAGCCUAACGGCAAAAGCGUCCUCGAUAUGGGUACAGGAACCGGUGACUGGGUCAUUGAUAUGGGCAAGUUGUAUCGUGGAGCCGUCAUCAUAGGCACCGAUCUUAGUCCUAUUCAACGGAGAAAAGAAGUUUCUAUCGACGCUAGAUCGAUCCUCAGCUACGACAACGUUCCCGUCAACGUUGAAUGGAUCAUGGAUGAUCUCGAACUAGAGUGGGUUGAUCCCACCUUGUACCACUACAUUCACUGCAUCAUGGCCUGUCGAAAUCCUACGCUGCAGAGUGGUGUCCUCCGCUAG